GUUGUCCUCAUCCUCUCUCUUCAUCCCUUUCUGCUCUUGCUAAGUGAUUGCUAGUUCACCUCCAAGCUCUCACCAUGAACAAACAAGUCUGCAAGAAAUCCUUCAGCGGCGGGAGCCAGGGCUUCUCUGGCCGCUCUGCUGUGGUCUCCGGCGGCAGCAGCAGGAUGAGCUGUGUGGCCCGUUCAGGGGGAGCCAGUGGAGGAGCCUGUGGGUUCCGGAGCGGGGCAGGUGGCUUUGGCAGUCGCAGCCUCUACAACCUGGGUGGCAACAAGAGCAUCUCCAUCAGUGUGGCUGGUGGUUCCCGGACUGGUGGCUUUGGGGGAGGGCGUAGCAGCUGUGGCAGUGGCUUUGGAGGUGGCUUUGGUGGUGGCAGAGGAAUGGGAGGUGGCUUUGGAGGAGCUGGUGGCUUUGGAGGGGCUAGUGGUUUUGGAGGGGCUGGUGGCUUUGGAGGAGCUGGUGGCUUUGGAGGAGCUGGUGGCUUUGGUGGAGCUGGUGGCUUUGGUGGCCCUGGUGGCUUUGGUGGUCCUGGUGGUUUUGGCCCUGGUGGCUUUCCUGGGGGAAUCCAGGAAGUGACUGUCAACCAGAGCCUUCUGCAGCCCCUCAAUGUGGAGAUCGACCCUCAGAUUGGGCAGGUCAAGGCCCAGGAGCGGGAGCAGAUCAAGACCCUCAACAACAAGUUUGCCUCCUUUAUCGACAAGGUGCGGUUCCUGGAACAGCAGAACAAGGUCCUGGAAACCAAAUGGAAUCUGCUCCAGCAGCAGACCACAGGCUCCGGUUCGGGCCCCAACAACCUGGAGCCUUUCUUCGAAUCCUACAUCAGCUUCCUGCGCAGGCAGCUGGACUUGGCUCUGGGGGAGAGAGGGAACCUGGAAGGAGAGCUGAAGAACAUGCAGGUCCUGGUGGAAGACUUCAAAAAGAAGUAUGAAGAUGAGAUCAAUAAACGCACUGCGGCCGAGAAUGAGUUUGUGGGACUCAAGAAGGAUGUGGAUGGGGCCUACAUGAACAAGGUGGAGCUGCAGGCCAAGGUCGACAGCCUGACGGAUGAGCUCAACUUCUUGAGGACCCUCUAUGAGAUGGAGCUGUCCCAGAUGCAGAGUCAUGUGAGUGACACAUCUGUGGUCCUGUCCAUGGACAACAACCGCUGCCUGGACCUGGACAGCAUCAUCGCUGAGGUCAAGGCCCAGUAUGAGGAGAUUGCCCAGAGGAGCAAGGCUGAGGCUGAGGCCCUGUACCAGACCAAGCUUGGAGAGCUGCAGACCACAGCCGGCAGACACGGGGAUGACCUGAAGAGCACCAAGAGUGAGAUCAUGGAGCUCAACAGAAUGAUCCAGAGGCUGCGGGCCGAGAUUGAAAAUGUCAAGAAACAGCAUGCCAACCUUCAGGCAGCCAUUGCUGAAGCUGAGCAGCGUGGGGAAAUGGCCCUCAAAGACGCCAGUGCCAAGCUUGAAGGCUUAAAGGCUGCCCUACAGAAGGCCAAGGAUGACAUGGCCCGGCUGCUGCGUGAGUACCAGGAGUUGAUGAAUGUCAAGCUGGCCCUGGAUGUGGAGAUCGCCACCUACCGCAAGCUGCUGGAGGGCGAGGAGUGCAGGAUGUCUGGAGAGUGUCAGAGUGCUGUGAGCAUUUCGGUGGUCAGCAAUGUCACCAGCACAAGCGGCAGCUCUGGUGGAAGCCGUGGCGGCUUUGGAGGGGUCAGUGGCAGCAGCAGUGGUGGCUACAGAGGCAACAGCAGCAGCAGAGGCAGCAGUGGUGGCCACAGAGGAGUAAGCGGUGGCAACAGUAGUGGUUAUGGUGGCAUUAGCGGCGGCAGCACCAGGGGGUUCCAGAACGGUGGCACUGGGAGCUACCAGAGUGGCAGUGGCACCAGCACCGAAGGCUACCAGAGCGGCACCAGCACCAGAGGCUACCAGAGCGGCAGUGGCACCAGCAUCGGAGGCUACCAGAGCGGCAGUGGCACCAGCACCGGAGGCUACCAGAGCGGCAGUGCUGGGAGCAGGCUCAGCGGUGGAGGCAGCAGCUCUGUGAGCCAGAGCGGAAUUGGCUCCAGCUCUGGUGGCAUCCAGACCACUGGAGGCAGUGGCUACAAGUCUGGCGGUGGAGGCAGCACCAAUAUCCGCUUCUCUCAGACCCCCAGCUCAAGCCAGCACAGCUCCAAGUGAUCCUCCAGGGCCAAAUCUCCAUGUCCACCUGCUUCCCUCUCAGCCUGCAACAGCACUCC